AUGAGAGUAGUAGCGUUGGUAUCUAUCUUACUUUGUGCGCCGUUCUGUGCACUGGCUCACAGUUUGCGAUAUGGCAUACCCGAAUCCGUUCAGAUCUGGUCUAUUUUAGUUUACCUACUGCGGGAUCUUGAUGGUCAAUUACUCUCUGAAUUGUACCCUCUGGUCACAGGUUUAGACGACGAAAUUGAUAUUCAAGAGAAUCUUUUGGCCUCAACGGCUAAUGCAUUAAGAGAACAGUAUGAUAAAGAAGAUGUGGCAGAUCUAUUAGAACUGUAUGCCAGCCUCUACCCGAUGGGUAUGAUUCAGGACGAUAUUAGCUUCAAUACGGAACGAGCCAGUAUGAGCAACAACCAUUUCGUUUUGAACGGUAGAAAAUAUGAGAAACCCGAUGAUGUGUUCUAUUUGAAAUCUAAAGAUUUAAUAAGCCAACAGAAAAUUACAGAUAUUAACGCAAUGCAACCUUAUGAUGUCGUCAUUGGCGCAAACCCAAAGGCUCCCAUAUUAAUCUUGUACGGUUGUCCCACUGAUGAUGACCCAAAUUUUGAAGAAUUUAAUAGAAAUUUGUUCAUGGAAGCUAUGAGCGAAGAGGGGAAAAUCAGGUUCAUUUGGAGACCCACAUGCUCCCUUGAUGGUGAGAAUUUGGAAUAUCCCUUAGGUUUCCCGCUUGGAAUUACUUUACAACAGGGUUCUAACAAGAGCUCGAUACCUCAAUUGAAGAAAAUCUUGUCUACUGUUCCUAAUGAGAUAUCAGUCGAAAUGGAUCAUGACGAACAGCUCCACGAUUUGAAACCAGAAGAAUUACGUGAGCUGGAUUUAAAAGUUACUUCGUUGAUCUCGAAAUUUUAUCAAGACAACGAGGACAUUCUAGCUACUUUACAUUUCGCCAAGAGUUUGGUUAACAACUUUCCUUUAGUCUCUAAGGAGCUGGCUGAGAUUUCUUCUGUCAACAAAGAUAUCAUAGCCAGCAACGAACAACUCAAUAAAAAAGGUUUUGACUACAACAUGCUGGGUCUCUAUAUCAAUGGACAGAACUGGAAAAUUACUUCAUUGGAUUCGUACAAUUUGCUCAACGCUUUGAAAACUGAAUAUCAGAAUUUAUUGAAAAUUGCGACCCUUUUGCAGAAGAUUGAGCCUUCAAAAGGAAUGUUAGACGCCAAGUCUUUAUUAAAUAAAUUUUCUCAAUUCUCAUUGGGGAACUUACAAAACUCACAACCAAUAAAAAUGGAUCUUCAUACGAUUCCAGGGUUUUCUGAAUCAGUAAUAUACUUCAACGAUAUUGAAAAUGAUCCACAAUAUAACGAAUUAGUGAAUAAUGUUCAAGCGUUCUUCGAUAAGUCAAAAUUUGGUGAGUUGCCCGAGAUAAAACAAAAUUGGUCGGAGAUCAUAUUUGUUAUAGAUUUCGCUCAUUUGGAAGAUAGUGAUGUCAAGGAGGCAUUGAAUGGAUUAGUCCGCGCCGUCAAUGUUGUCUCUCAGGGGUAUCCACAAAGGGUUGGACUUUUACCAUUCAGCUCUUGUGGUGAUAAAUCUGUUGUCAACAAAAUAUACGAGCUCAAAAGCUCAAUCAACGGUCUGGCAGAAUUGAAAACGUUCCUAGAAACAAGUUUGCUUGCUGAUGGCCUUAUCGCUAAUACAGAUACUUCGAACUUCAAAUCAGUUCCAGAUGUUCAUCAUCUACUUGACGAACUUCAAAUUGAUGAAACAUCAAUUAUAGUUAAUGGUGAAAUUUAUCCAUUUAAAAAAAACACUUGGAACUAUUUGAUCGCCAAAGUUAUAAAGAAGGACACUGAAUUUAUACGUAAAGAAUUGAGUAAUUCUUCUCCAAAAAAAAAACAAGUUAGCGUGAGAGACCUAUUGCAUUACAAAUCUGCAAAUCUGAGACAUAAUAAAUAUACACCGAAUUAUUUUGCUGAUUCUUUAUAUUCUGCAGUCAAUAAUACUGCAUUAGAAAGUAUUGGCCCAAACAGGAUAAUGACAUAUAUCAAAGAUGAAGAAUAUAAUUUAUUGCACACGGUAACAUUAGUAGAUGACUUUAAUUCUAUAUAUGCCUUGACAAGGCUACAAAAUCUGUUGAAUACCUCAUUUGUUGGUGUUAGAGUCAGAAUCAUUCACGUAGGUGGUAUUUCGAGCGUUUGGGCUCAACUGAAUGACAGUCUUUCCGGAACCGAUCCCGUAAAUGCAUUAGAUUUUCUCAUUGAUAACUUGAAAUCCAAAAGUGCAAAAGAUAAUAAAUAUAGCAAAGACAAGUUGAAUCAAUUAAGUCUUCAUAAAUGGCUUCCUGAUAUCCCAUUAUUUGAAUUGGAAAAAGGCUCGUUUAUCGUUCUGAAUGGUAGAUUUAUCCACCUUGACCAAAAAGAAGUUCCGGAAACAAAACAUUUUGAAGCAAUUGUAAAGAGAGAAGCUAUUAGAACUAUCGAUUCAGUUUUUGCCUUGGAUCUACUCUUUCGUGACUUUUCACAAGAGAGGAUUGAUCCUGAUUUCAUCGAAAUGACUUCCUCCAUUCUAACAAAAUUGUUUUACCAAAGUACACAUAUCUAUGGUAACGGAAUUGAAUAUACUACUGAAAGUAGCUUGCCGAGAAUGGAUUUGAAUCAGUUUUUCGAACCAAAUAAUUUGACAAUGUUUGAAGAUGCAAGAUCAGCUCCUAUCGACCUACUGUUGAUUUUGGACCCACUUGAAGAAAGGUCUCAGUUGCUUCUCUCCCUUGUUGAGCAAGUCAAGUCUUUGAAAUUUAUUAACUUUCAAGUGAUUUUAAUGCCGACACUAGAGUUAAACAUUGUCCCUAUUAGAAGAGUCUAUGUUGAUGACGCAGAGAUUGUUAAAGUGCUAAUUGCUGAGGGUGACAAGAUGAAUUCGGAAGUAGACAUUGAAAUGGAUGGUCCCAACUCCUUUGUGAUAGACAACAAUUAUCAUUUGAAGAAAAUGCUCAUAGAAUUACACGUAUUCUCCAAUGAAACAGUUCUUUCAGCUGGUAAUAUUGAUGGUGUAGGAGGUGUAUGUCUAGAACUUGUAGAUCAUGCAGGGAACGUUAUUGAAGAAACCAUAACAAUGAAAACUUUUGGGUAUGGACAAUUCCGUACGGACAGGUUUUUGAAAGACUGUCUCAUAAGAAGUUGCGAUUCGAGAUAUACGGUUCAGUCUUUUUCUACUGACGGGCAUCCCGGUUUUAUACCGUCCGAUUCCUUGAAUAUAUUGUCUUACAACCCAUACAAGAUCGCUGUGAAAAUCGUGGAAAAUCCUUCAUACGAGGAAGAAUACAAGCAAGGUGACGGUAAUGAGACAACUAUCAAUAUCUUUACCAUUUUAGAAACCGGAUCAAAAGAAGAAGAGAAGUACGUGGAAAUGGUUCUGUCCAUACUAUCCAAAUGUCCCAAAUCGCAAAGAGUGAAGUUUUUUAUCCUAGAUCAGCCAUCUAUUUCUGAUGCUUUCAGAAAAUCGUGUGAAUACAUAAAUUCCCUUGACGAAAUGAGAGGUGAUAUCGUUUUCUUAGAUUAUGAGUGGCCCCAAUGGUUAAGGCCCCAAAGAUUUUCUUCAAGAAGGAGGGACGUUUCCAAAUUUUUGUUUUUGGAUGUCAUUUUCCCCAAAAAUAUCUCCAAGAUUUUAUACAUGACGCCAACUAAAACACCAUAUGAUCCCUUCUAUUUGUUUCAAUUUCAAGGCCUCAAGCGUGCACCUUUAGGAUUAUUCAGGAUGGGCGGUAACGGUUAUUGGAGAGAGGGAUAUUGGGAGAAAAUGUUAAGAGAAAAUAACUUAGAGUUCUACUCUACUGAACCGGGUUUCCUUGUAAACCUGGAAAGGUUUCGUGAGCUAAACGCCGGAGAUAAAUACAGAAUUCACUAUCAACGCAUAUCUACAGAUGCCAGAUCCCUAGUUAAUAUUGGUCAAGAUCUGGUUAACAAUGUACAAAUUGAGGUUCCAAUCAGAUCUCUCAAGGGAUCCUAUAAGAGGGAAAUGGUUAUUGAUUAUGAAUUCGUUGCUGAAUGGAAUAAAACGAUCAAUACAUUUGUAUCUUCUCUCAAUGAUGGAAAAGUGCCUCGAGAAGGUAAAAGCAGUGAAAAUCAAGACUAUGACGACUGUAUUCCUUUUCAUGAUGAAUUAUGA